AUGGACGCAGUGCGUUCCGUGCCGCAACUGCACCAGGAGCUACUACCGUCCGUUCAACCCAGUCAAAUCGAGCACCUACCAUCACCUUCCCUGCGAAGACCCGAUGUGCGAGCACGGGAGGCAUGGUGCCAAUACAGCCACUCCUACCCCACUCCGGACAACAAUUUGUGCAACUUCGACAAGCGGUACGGCGAUGGUAGCAGGCUGUCAGGCUACCUGGGAUCUGACGUCUUCCGCUUUGGGAACGGCAUAGCGGGGGACGACGGCGGCUACAACUUCGAGCAAGACAUCGUCUUUGGCUGCGCGCAGGAGGAACAUACCACCGCCGUCCGGGAAUACAGCUCCGGCAUUCUCGGCCUCGGCAUGGGUACGUUCUCCUUCGUCGCUCAGGCCGGCGUCGACAAAUUUUCCUACUGCGCUCUAUCGCCGGAGAGAAGAGACCUCCGGGAUCAGUGGAGGAAAACAACAAGCUACCUCCGAUUCGGCAGCCAUGCUGUCACGUCGGGCAAGAUUGUCCCGUUCAAGCAGGACGGCGCCCACUUCAUCAUCUCCCUCAAGAGCGUGACGUACCAGCGAGGAAGCCGUCUAGAUCAAAAUCAGCCAGUGCCCAUAUUUACUCGGCAAGAGGCGGCGGAGUUCCUGCCCAUUCUGGUGGAUUCAGGGUCCACCCUGGUCUACCUUCCUGCACUCAUCUUCUACCCUCUGCUGAAGAGGAUCGACGAUGAACUCACACUCACAAGGGUGUACGAUCCCACUAAUAACCCCGGCAUCAACUGUUACGAUGGUGAGAUGUCGGAUGUGGAGGGUGUGUCAGUGACCCUGGGCUUCCAAGGAGGGGCGGAGCUGGAGUUGUUUGGCGACACUCUCUUCUACGAAGGGUACGCAGGUGAUUACAUUUGUCUGGGAAUUUCUAUCGAUGAGAGGAAAUCAGUGUUAGGCAUGAUUGCUCAACGUAAUACCAAUGUUGGGUAUGAUUUAGCAAACAUGGAGAUCUCCUUUAAUCGUGAGGUAUGUGCCUGA